GAAAGAGCUACAGCGUUGAAGCACCACAUCCUGACUCUGGAUUACAAGCCUCCCCUCGACUCAGCUCCACCACCUGAUUCUACAAAAGUUAUUUCUGCUCGUUGUCUGACAAAGGACACUUCAAUCACCCCCUGAGUAUCUCACUCUCCUGCCUGAGCCUGACAGCUCUCUCUCUGCACAGAUGGAGUCCCACGUAGCAGUGACGGUCCUGUUGUUAUGCGUCAUUGGAACCUCUACAGGCUCCGGUCAGACGUGUGUCCCGACGGAAAAUGAGAAUCCGUGGAUCUUUGUGAAGGAGAUGCAGACUGGAUGCUGGACAAGCUUCAUCGGCAAAGACAACAAAGAAGUUCAUAUUAUCAACCUGAUCUUCACUCCACAGGAUGACAAGAUGUUCUCUAUAAAUGUAACCAGACCUAUGAAUCUUAUCCUGACAUCAGCAGACACAACGUUUAGUGCAUACUACCUCAACAAAGAUGCCAGCAUUUAUGUGAGCAAAAACUCAUCGUUCAAUUUUCACGGACAGCAAAGCCACAAUAUUCACAAGGAAGAAAUGCCGUCUGAUGAUGAGGAGCUGGUCAAAUGGGCCACGCAGAGAUUUGGAGGAGUGACGUCUUUCACGACGAUUCAAAACCUGAAACAACUUCACGUAACAGAAACGGGAACCAAGGCCGGCUCUCAUGAAUGCGUCCUUGGAAAUGAAGACACAUCUGAGAAACGCUUUCUGACAGUUGAAACAGUUGCAAGUGUUCCAUUUAAAUCCUGCUUCCCAACGCUCCCGAACAGCAGCGAAGACCUACAUGUCAUAAAUAUCCCCGAAAGUUCCAAUAUUCGAAAUGUGUCUCUUCACAUGGAGGUUGUAGAGAAAACCAGUUUAUUGUUGAGAGGUCCCCAGGGAACUCUUUGGACGAUUAUGAACCUGAAACACAGCAAACUAUUUUCGAAUAAUGAGAUUCUUCUCGAUCACAUGCGCCACCGAAUCCCUCCGAUGUUUUCUCUGAACAGUGACGUUGCAGAAAUAGUUCAAAAAAAGGCUCUGGAGUAUUUUAAAAGUGCAAGUUUGACCAGCUACACUGAAAUCACAGCAGAGGGCUCCACGAUUGCACUGACGUUACAAAAGAGAGCGAUCAAUACAGUUUCAGACGCAGUGCUGAAAACAUCUCCCACUGUUACGACAAACGGGCCUCAUCUGAUGCCUCUGAACAUGCAGCUGUACAACUCUCCUGAUUUCCGCUCUCCUCUGGAUCCAAACGCCAAAGUGCAGAGCAACAGGAGAAUCUACGCAGAGAUUACAGGACGCACCUUGGGGGACAUUGUCCUAACCAUAAAGGUGAUGCAGUGCUUUCUGCGCUCCAAAGGCUCGUGUCCUGUUGUGAAGGAGCUGCCUUUCAUGACUGAAACCUGCUCCAGUAGCUCUUGUGUGAACAGCACCAGGCUCAGCUUCUCUUUGGAUCAGCUUCAAGAGCUCACAUCGACCGCCUGGGACCUGGAGUGCUCUGUCAAAAUUUGUUAUAGCGAGAAAUGUGGCGAUGGGGGGCGAGUAAAGCGUUACCUGGAGGUGACUCAGCCGUGUCUACAGCCGCCACCCACUGAGUGCUUUGACUUUGGCCUACCCGGGGUUCUUGGCAUUGCAUUUGGAGGGUUUCUGAUUGGAGUGCUACUUAUUGGAGCCCUCUGGUUUAUCAAAAUCAAAACAGGAUACCCAACUGGACUAGACAUGAGUUCAACAGUGGGAUGUCCUUGUUCCGGUACAAAACGACAACCUGUUUCCACUAACCCUUCCCCAUCAGAGAACAGCAGUGCUAAUGCGAGCAUUGGAAGCACCCAGAGCACCCCCACCAGCAGCAUGGCAUGAGACAGCAGGGCCACAGCCGCUGGCGCAUCUCUCUUUCAGCCAGCAACCCUGGGCUUUGGGUUGUCUACAAUCAGGCUUUCAAAAGCUGUCUCCAUUUGGCCCUCAUUUAAAUAGUAGACGGAAAGCGGGACCUGUGUCUUCGAUACAAAUACAAAGAUUUGAAGUUUGUGGAGGUCGGGGGUCUGAGUGAUGGAUAACACGAGUCUAAUCAAUGGCUUCUGGCACUCACCUCCACAGGCCCUCUGUAAACCCGCCAUCGAGGCAGGAAGUUAAAGAGGGCAAGAGAAAAAAAAUAAAUAAAUUGGCUCCCAGCAACAGGAAAAACAAACCAUAUCCCCCAAGAGCUAACAGGAAAUUCACCACAUUCUUUCAAUGAAUUGUGCUUGUGCUUGUGUGAUGGAAGCACAACGAUUGUUAGAUAGCAGACAAACCUGUCAUGUGUGUUUCACAUUCAUACUACUCCAACAUCAAGUGACCAAACAGCUUAUUAGUUAGGACCUCAAAAGCACAGUAUAAUUACAGUUAUUGUGAGUAAUUUAUAACUUGAGGUCACUGACGAUCAGCUACCUCUUCAAAUCUCCGUCUGGAGCUGAGGUUUCAUUUACCCUCAGUGUUUGACUGGUGGACAUCUUGUUUAUUCUAUUUCAUUUCAUCAUUUGCAGUGUGAGUUUUGUAGAAAGAGUCACCGUCGUGUUACAGCUACAUUGUCAAUUGGGCCAUGUCAAAACAUUUAUUUUUAUUUUUUUAAUAUAUAUAAUUUAUUGUGACUCCUUAAAAUGCGUGCAGAGAUCACUCACACACCUCAGCUAAAUCUCACAUGAGGCGUGACCCCUUAGAGGCUGUUAUUAGUCACAAAAAGACCCUUUAUGUGGCACAGUUAUAUGGCCAUAUGGUGAGAGAGGAGUAAUGUCCCUAUAAUGAUCAGCAACUAUCCAAACACUGAGCCGCAGCUGUUAGAGCCACGAGGAGAACUUUCCCCACAACAGUGUUUCUGGAAGAGGAUUUUCUGUAUCUUUUACUCAACAUCAGUUACCACCUUUUCCUAAUCUGUAGAACUUCUCUGCCGUUACAAAUGCAUCUGUCUUAGCACACAUUCAUUUUUUUAUGUUAAUUUGAUCAGAAUUAAACAGCCAGUUCAAUAAAUGAGCUCUGGACGUGAUUUUUCAGUUUUAUCACUUUAAAUGAAUUUAUAAAUAACAUUUUUCUUUCUACAAAAUUCAACUCAACAGCGCACAAAUAUGUUUUAUAUAAAUGACAUUUAUGAAGUCGUGUUUAUUUUUUUGGUAUUUUAACAAAAUGCUGUAAAAUAUCCUGCAGUGCGACCGUAACUUUUCUUUCAAAAAUUCUAUAAAGAUACAGGAGCAGUUUAGGUGUGGAAUGAAAAAUCACACAUUUAAAAAACAGAAUGAGCUCGUCUGACAUUUAACCACGAGGUUGAGCUCAGGGGUCGAAGGUUUAAGAUAAGUCCAAAUAAAUAAUGGUCAUAUUCUUAUUUUUGUCAAAUUAAACUUUUCUGAAAACAUUGAACAUGGGCCAGUUACAUGUCCUGCAGCGGGACAGUUGUGUUUGUGAUGAAAAUACAGCUCAGUUGUUAAAAUGAUAUUCUUUAAGAUGAGACAGUUACAUCAUUAUUCACCUGCACCACGGAUAAAAUGUAAAAUGAAGUGAAAAGAGUUGCACUAAAGUGACAGUGUGCGCCACAGAGCAGCUGCAGGACGUGAAUCAGCCCCUGAGAAAACACGUUUUUUAAGGCAUCUGUAAUAAAUUAAAUGCAAGACAGACAAGUUUAAUGUCAUACUGUGGAACAUUCCAAUAAAUAUUGAAUAGGGCCGUAUUAAAUAAUGGAUUUGUUAAGAUUAAGUCAACAGCAACACAAAAACCCCCACAAAAUAUCUAUAAUUUUACAUUUCAAAAUCAUAAACACGGCCGUUUUGUCAGUUCUGUAACGACUUUUACCCAAACGUCUGUAGCUCUGAGUCCUGAUUUUACCUUGUGUUUUGUGAGACAAAACACAUUUCUACCUUGUACAUGUGAUCGGCUGCAUCAGCCCAUCAGACGGUUGAUCCGUAACUCUCUGUUUGCAUGUAUAAAAUGUAAAUGUCUUAGAGGUGAAUUAUAAUGUUAAAGUCUGUAUUUAAUCACACAGUGAACAUUUGACAGGUCACUACUCUGUAUCUACACUGAGUUUGUUGAAGGAGGUGUUUCUGUUUGUUCCGCUGCAUUAGAGCUUUUUCUUUUUCUAUAUAUAGCAAUAAAACGAGAAAUAACUGUUGCCCCAUAAUGAAAUUAAUUGGUCUAGAACUGUGUAUUUCUAUGGUCUGUGUCGAAUGUCUUUGAGUAAAUGUGCAAUAUGAGGUAAACCCUUUGUAGAAUAUUCUUAUAAUUGAUAAACACGUGGGACAGUCUUUACUGGGACAUUUAUAUAAGCCACACUUUGAGUCAUUUCUGUGGUGAUUAGAUUUCCUUUGUUGGUUUUACCUCUGUCUGGCCUCACCUCUGACUCCCCUCGUGUCCCAGAGCAGACCUGUCCCAGAGCAGGGCCUGUCCUAGAUCAGACCUGUCCCAGAGCCUGUCCCAGAGCCUGUCCAUGCUCACAUUGACAUCCUGACAUUGUACUGUGUUCAUUGUCUUGUCUUUAUGGGCGGGAGGCGCGUGGACAUUCCAAAAGCUAAAACAUUUAACAAAGGGAAUCAUCCCAGUUGGAAACACCCCCAGAAUAACCUUGGUUUAUUUGCGACUCUCAAACAGUGUGAGUGCAGUGUUGUCAAUACAAGUGUCUCACACGCUGCAGCUCUGGUGACUGGAGCUGCUCCUGACAGAAGCAUCACACAAACUGUCAGUUAAUUCACUUGUUAACCCUGAGAAUCUGUUCAUUACCUCUGACAUCCCCACUGUCUUAGUUAGCACUGUAGCUGCGUGUCAUUCUCCACACAGCCUGUGUGUGUUCUGUGUGUGGUGUGUGUGUGUUGUGUGUGUGCACAUGAGCAUUUGGCUCAUUUUGUCUCUUAACAAUGUCCAAAAAUGUGGAAUCACGGAGGAGAACUUUGCCAAAUGUGUACCUGCUUUGAUUGCCUUGACAGUUUUAUUUCUGCACUAACGUGGGCACAGUGCACAGUAUUUAAAGAUGAUACUUUUAUGAGAGUUUUCAAAUGUUUUUCAUGUACAUAGUAUUAUUUUAUAUCUACCAUUGAUUCAAAUUAAUAAACCAAACUUGAUUAACCUG